AUGCCUCCUAGACCUGCGCUCCCCUCGCAAUCAGCGCUGACCCGCUACUUCACAAACCUGCGAGUCACACCCACGCGCCACCACCUCGCCGCCUUCUCCACCACCCCUGUCCCCCACAAGCGCGAGCACCGCAGCUCCGAGGGCCUCGCAACCUCUGAAAAACGCCGCCUCGACAACCUCGCCCUCCAAGAACGCCUAAAACAGGAGCGCCUGUCCAACGCCGUCAACCCCGUAACCGGCCGCGCUACCCCGUUCGUCAAAUCCCUCGAGACGCCCUCCCCGCUCCUGCCCCCCGUUGACUGGGCCCUCACCCACAACAUCGACCCGACAAAAGGCCACGAUGACGCCCUCCACAUGAACUUCUACCUCACCCCGAAGGACAUGGAAACCGCAAUUGAGAACAGCAAGCGCCUCACCGCCCCUGCGAACCCCGUCUCGGCGAGUGGUGUGGUCGACUCGUAUGUCUGGCCGGAGAAGCUCGAGGCCCACCAGAAGGAUCAUGACCAUGCCGUCGCGGCAAUCCAGCGCAUUGUGAGUCUGAGUAUUGGCAGCAACGCCGACCGCCAGCGUGUCAACACUGUGCGCUGCAUCGAGACGUUUGGGCGCCACAACACUGAUGCUACGCUGCCGAGGGACCCGGAUGCGCGGCCGCUGGAGGAGAGUAAGAAGACGCCCAGGGCCGGGCCGGAUACGGGGAGUAGCGAGGUGCAGGCGGCGAUAUUGACGGUGAAGAUUAGGAAUCUGGCGAAGAUGCUGGAGACGACGGGGAAUAAGGAUAAGCACAAUAAGCGCAAUCUGCGGCUGCUGGUGCAUAAGAGGCAGAAGUUGCUGAAGUACUUGAAGAGGAAGGAGAAGGGCGGCGUGAGGUAUAGGAAUGUGAUGACUGCGCUGGGCUUGGAUGAGGCGGCGGUGAUGAAGGAGUUGAGCAUUUAG